AUGAAGGGCGAGUGCGUGGAGAUGGGAACCGGCUCCAGCCCCAUCCACGGGAACUGGGGAGAGUGGAGCCCGUGGAGCGCCUGCACCAGGGAGUGCGGGGCGGGGGUGCAGCACCGACAGCGAGAGUGCGACAACCCCGCCCCGAAGCACGGGGGGCGGUACUGCGUGGGAACGAGACGGGAGUACCGCAUCUGCAACGUCCAGGAAUGCUGGAAGGGAGAGACGAGCUUCCGCGACACCCAAUGCCAGGACUUCAACGUUCUCCCCUACAAGGGCAAGACCUACACCUGGACCGCCGCCUUUUCCCGCGGUACUUCCAAAUAUCGCACCACCCCAAAACCAUGCUCCGGUACCGGCACCAACCGGCCCCCAAAACGCUCCUCCUCCCCCACCCACCCACAAAAACCACCAACCCUCGACCCAUUAAACCCCCCAGCGAACCCCUGCGAGCUGCGAUGCCGGCCCGAAGGCGAGCUUUUCUCGGUCGUCCUCAAGGAGUCCGCCGCGGAUGGGACGCCGUGCAAUCCUGGAUCGCGGGACAUGUGCAUCGCUGGGAUCUGCAAG